CAGACCAAUACUUUUCCCAUGGGGCCCAAAUAUCAUCAGUCUCUUGCUCCACAAGACAGCAUGAGCUCUUAUGGAAUGCUCUCCGACAACCUUACUAUCCAAGAUCAGAAGCGCGACAUCGCCGAGUUGAAAACUACCUCUCAGUAUAUCCUCUCUCAGGUGGGGACUAUCAACUCUUCACUUCGCAAGAGCCCUGCCUCUUCCCCCCACCGCGAUACCAUCAAGAUCAAUGCUAGAGUUCGCGACGUGCUUAACGUGGUCUUGGGCCGUAUCGAGACACCCCUUAUCAGGGACAGUUUGAGCGCACAGUAUGCUCGACCAAUCUUGGAGAGUAUCGCGAAGAAGUACGGAGAAUUGAGUGAGGUGGAUCGGGCAAACUUGGCGAGAGUCAUUGGGCGGUUUGAGGUAACGAGGGAAUAUUAUACCGCGGGGAUCGAGGAGAAGCAAUCUUACAGGGGACCCAUUUUCGCGUUGUGCGUCGAGGAAUUGCGAGGUCUUUUGGGUUUUUGAGCUAUCCCACUUCACGGCACGCCUUGUCGGAUUGAGCGGAGGAAGUCUUGUGCCUUCUUUUGGCAGGCUGCUGUAAGCGACACGCAUACUUUGCGAGAUACAGCUUCUGUCAGUUCGAUGAUGACUCAUCACUAUAUCUAUAGAGAGGUAUAUACUUCAUGCUAUGCACUGAAAAUUCAC